GCUCGAGCUUUUGAGUAUUAGUGGCUAUGGUUCUCGUCGCGGCUUCGUCCCUCUCGUUCGCCGUCCUCCUCUCGGCGUCUCCGCCACCGAGGCCGAACCGAAUAGUAUUGAAGAUGAGCCGGUCGCGCUGCCUUGCGGUGAGCCGGAGUUCCGCGCCUGGACCAGCGCCGGAGGCGGAGAUCUCUAGAGCCACGCUGCUUUGGAGAGCCGCGAAGCUUCCCAUAUACUCCGUGGCCGUCGUUCCUCUCACCGUAGGUAGUUCUGCAGCUUAUCUUGAGACAGGCAUAUUCUUUGCCAGGCGUUACCUUUUGCUCUUAAUUUCAUCGGUUUUGAUCAUUACUUGGCUGAAUUUGAGCAACGAUGUUUACGACUUUGAUACAGGAGCAGACCUUGACAAAAAAGAAUCUGUUGUCAAUAUAGUUGGCAGUCGAGAAUUGGUGUAUUUCGCUGCCAUUGUGUCUCUUGCUCUUGGCUUUAUGGGGCUCUUUUGGGCUUUUAUUGCGGCAGGGGACAUUCGGUUCAUUUUAUUAGUGAUGUUUGCCGUCUUCUGUGGGUAUGUUUAUCAGUGUCCUCCAUUUCGAUUAAGCUAUCAAGGACUUGGAGAACCUUUGUGCUUUGCAGCAUUUGGGCCUUUUGCUACUAUAGCCUUCUAUCUAUCACAAAGUGGCAAAACUUUUGCAGGGAACCAUGCCUUCUCCCCGAUAAGCAGAACAGUUUUAUCCGCCUCAUUCCUUGUUGGUUUGACAACCACCCUGAUUCUUUUCUGCAGCCAUUUUCACCAGAUUGACGGUGAUCGGGCUGUUGGGAAGAUAUCUCCUCUGGUAAGGAUUGGCACCAAAACCGGUUCGGCAGUGGUGAAUUUUGCUAUCUUAAUCCUAUACAUCCUCUUAUUUGCUUUUGGAUUAUGCAAAGCUCUUCCCUUGUCAUGCACUUUACUUUGCGCAUUGACACUUCCCAUGGCAAAAGCGGUUGUUGAUUAUGUCGAAAAGAAUUACAAUGAUGGUCUAAAAAUUUUCAUGGCCAAGUAUUAUUGUGUUCGGUUGCAUGCAUUAUUUGGCGUUGUGUUGUCUGCAGGACUGUUAGUUGCUAGAAAAAGAUAAUCCGCCGUUACAAUAAGAGGUUGCUACAAAUGAUUGAAGAUUGAGAACAAUUGUUUGUCAUUCAUAACAGUUGGUUAAUUUCAACUGGAUAUCAGAAUCAGCAGGUGAACUGAUGAUCCAUCACAUUACUCUGUUUACUGUCUAAAUACUUAACCGGACGGAACUAAUCAAUUCCCGGGGGCAUCGUGCCAUUUGCCAAAGUAAACAACAUGAAGGCCAAUGGAUGAACACUGCAUUACAAGGUCAAUUGAUGUGAAUCAAGGUCGGAAUUGAUAAUCAGAGGUUGUAUAUCUGUAAAAUUUCAACAUUGACUUCCUCUGGCCAAACUUGGCUCUUUUUAGAGUGUGUUUUGAAUGCCUUCUAGGCACAGGUUCAAGCAGGAUGAGGUUUCCAUCCAUUGUAUAAAACCGGUUUGGAAUUAAAAUUGUUUUCACAAGUU